AUGGAUCGCAAGGGAAAGGGAAAGCUAGUCGCCGGGAAAGGAUCGUCUUUCGGUGAAAAGAAACGGAAAGGAGGAGUCGAGUUCAGAGAUGAAGGCUUGAGGAUUGAUAGUAAGCGGAAAAAAGCUGAGAUUCUUCAGUUCUUCGAGGAAUCCGCUGAGGUUGGUUACUUUGGAGAGAGCUCCGACGAAGAUGGCGAUAUAGAUGAUUUCCUUAACGAUAUGGAAGAUGAACCUGAGGUGGGGGCAAGUGGUAAGGAUGACAAAGGAAAAAAGGGAAACUCUUCUUUUGUUUUUCCAAAGGAAGAGGAGAUCGACGACGAAGAAUUUGAUAGAAUCAUGGAAGAAAGAUACAAACCUGGUUCCGGUUUUGUAAGAUAUGCUGAUGAUGAUGUGAAAACUUCCAUUGAGAUGGAUGCUCUUGUUCCAACUGCCCAUGAUCCUCCAAUAUGGAAAAUCAAGUGUGCGAUUGGACGGGAGAGGCAUUCGGUUUUCUGUCUCAUGCACAAGUUUUUCGAGCUGCGAAAGAUAGGCACCAAGCUACAGAUCUUAUCUGUGUUUACUGUGGAGCAUGUCAAGGGUUUUAUCUUCAUAGAAGCUGACAAGGAACAUGCAAUUCUUGAGGCAUGCAAGGGUUUAAAUGGUAUCUAUGCUACUCGGAUGAUGUUACUUCCUAAAUCUGAAGCUCCCCAGCUGCUUACUGUCCAAAGAAAAACGAAAAAGUAUUCUGAGGGAAAAUGGGCUCAUGUUAAGAGUGGUAAAUACAAAGGAGAUCUUGCUCAGGUUGUUGCUGGUGGAGGAGGUCGUGCCCCAAAAAGCCCAAAUCCAGCUCCAAGAUUGAUCAGUUCGAGCGAGCUUGAGGAGUUCAGACCUAUCAUUCAAGUCAGACGUGAUCGUGAUACUGGAAUGACUUUUGAGCAUCUUGAUAGCCUGAUGCUGAAAGAUGGUCGAAAAGACUUUGGUCUGAUUGUGGGUGUGGAUGAAAAAGGUGACGGUUACAAGGUUCUGAAAGAAGGUUCUGAUGGACCUGUUGUAGUCAUUGUUGGAAAGAAGGAAAUGCAGAAUGGACCAUUUGAUUCAAAAUUUACUGCCUUAGAUCUGAAUAACAAACAGAUAUCAAUUAAUGAUGUUGUGAAGAUUUCCAAAGGUCCAUCUGAGGGUAAACAAGGAGUUGUAAGGCAAAUAUACAGAGGGAUCAUUUUUCUUUAUGAUGAAAGCGUGGAAGAAAAUGGUGGAUAUUUCUGCUGCAAAUCACAAUUGUGUGAAAAAAUUAAACUCUUCUCUGACGAACCCAGUGACAAGACUGGUGGAUUUGAUGCUUCAGCUUUUGGAGAUUCUGUAUCCUCCCCAAAAUCGCCGUUAUCUCCUGAAAAGGAGUGGCAGCCCAGGGAAAAAUACAUUAACUCAAACCAAGGAGAAAAAGGUAGCAUGUAUUCAAUAGGCCAAAAGCUGAGGAUACGUGUGGGUCCAUUGAAGGGGUAUCUCUGCCGUGUUAUAGCUUUACGCUAUUCUGAUGUUACAGUCAAGCUUGACUCCCAGCAUAAAGUUUUCACAGUUAAAAGUGAGCAUCUUGCCGAGGUUCGCGACAGAAAUACCGUGCUAAGUACAAGUGGGGAUGUGGGGACUGGUUUUCAACCUUUUGACAUGCUUGGAACAGAAGGCAGCUCUGGAGAUUGGGCAAAAGGAGCAGGCACGUCAGGAGAGGGUGGUAACUGGAAUAUAGGAGGCGCCUCUACUGAUUUGAACUCUUGGGGCAGUAAGCCUACAUCUGAUGCUUCGCAGGCAGUUCCAGAUGAUAACACUUCUACGUGGGCCAAUGCAGCAGCUGAGAACAAACCUGCCUCUGCUGGUGAUUGGAAUUCCUGGGGUAAAACACCUACUUCUGAAGCUACCACUAUUGGUGGGUGGGGAAAUGCAGGUGCUUCAAAAGUUGAAGCUUCUUCUUGGGGAAAACAAGGAGCUUCUACAUCCAAUGUUGAAGAUUCAGGUUCUUGGGGUAAGCAUGGAGGAAGCUCUGAUGGUAAUAAACAAGACGAGGACUCAAGAUGGGGUAAACUAGUUCAAGAUUCUGAAUUGAGUCAGAAGAAAGAAGAAUCUUCUUGGGGUAAGAAAGGGGGAUCUGAAUCUGGUUUGGGAAAAGGUGAUGAAGAAUCGAGUUGGGGAAACAAUUCUAGCGCAAGUAACAAAGAGGGAGCUUCCUGGGGACAACAAUAUAAAGGCUCUGACGGGAGCAAGGAUGGAUCUGCUUGGGCUAAUCAAGUUGGAGGUUUUGGUUCAGGGGAGAAAAAAGAUGGCUCUUCUGGUUGGAACAAGUCUGCAGAAGAUUCCCAUGCCAAUAGUAAGGGAAUUCUUGGCGGGGGUCCAGAUGGUGGGUCUUCAUGGGGUAAACAGGAUAAGGGAGGGUCUUCGGUUGUCGAACCUGGCGGUGGAUCUUCAUGGAGCAAAAAAGAUGACGGAGGACCUUCGUGGGGUAAAAAGGAUGAUGGUAACAAGGAUGACGGAGGACCUUUGUGGGGUAAAAAGGAUGAUGGAGGAUCAACAUGGGGUAAGAAGGAUGAUGAAGGAUCAACAUGGGGUAAGAAGGAUGGAGGAUCAACGUGGGGUAAAAAGAAUGAUGGAGGAUCGUCGUGGGGUAAAAAGGAUGACGGUAAUAAGGAUGAUGGAGGAUCAACAUGGGGUAAAAAGGAUGAUGGAGGAUCUUCUUGGGCCAAAAAGGACGAUGGAGGAUCGUCAUGGGGUAAGAAGGAUGAUGGAGGGAACUCAGAACAAACAUUUGAUAGGGGAGGACGAGGGUUUGGUGGGAGAAGAGGAGGGGGUCGUCGAGGUGGCAGGGAUCAGUUUGGGAGGGGAAGAUCCUUCGGUAACUCUGAGGAUUCCGCUCCAUGGAGUAAACCAGGUGGUGGAUCUAGCUGGGGCAAGCAAGACAGUGGUGGAGGAGGUUCAAGCUGGGUUGGGGAAAGCAGAAUGAUUCUGGUGGUGGAUCUAACUGGGGAAAGCAAGACAGUGGUGGGGGUGGCGCAAGCUGGGAACGAUGGUGGUGGGGGAUCAAGCUGGGCCAAGCAAAAUGAUUCUGGUGGGGGUGGUUCAAGCUGGGGAAAGCAAGACGGUGGUGGGGGUGGUUCAAGCUGGGGUAAACGGGAUGGUGGUGGUAACACUGGUUCAGCCUGGGCCUGGGGUAAACAGAACGAUACCAGUGGCGGUGGAUCUAGCUGGGGCAAGCAAGACGGUGGUGGGGGUGGUUCAAGCUGGGGUAAACAGGAUGGUGGUGGUUCAAGCUGGGGUAAACCAGAUGGUGGUGGCGGUUCAAGCUGGGGUAAGCAGAACGAUGGUGGUGGGGGAUCAAGCUGGUCCAAACAGGGUGAUGGCGGUUCUAAACCAUGGGAUGAACAGAGUGGUGGUCGUGGGUUUGGUGGAAGAAGAGGAGGGGGAUUCCGAGGAGGUUUCCGCGGAGGUAGAAACCAAUCAGGUAGAGAUGGAGGAGGACGCUGGUUUGAUCGUGAUCAGUCAUCUGGCUGGAAAAGAGACAACCAAGAAAGCACUUGGAAGAGCGACCAAAGUGGUGGUGGAUCGGACUGGAAAAAGGGUUGGGGAGAGGAUUUAAACAUUAAAAAGCCAUCCGAUUCAUCCUCUGGUGGCGGUGGAAACUGGUCUAGCUGGGAUACUAACUCGAAGAAAGAAACUGGUAAUGACAAAUCGGGAAAUGAAAACAAAGGAGCCUGGGGAACCGGUAACGAUCAGGAAAAUACCGGAAACAAUGGUUGGAACAAGAAGCCAAGCGAUGAUGUGAAAACGAGUGGAGAAGCUGAUAAUGCUUGGGGAAGCAAAACAAACGCAGGAGCGUCUGCAUCAAGUGGCUCGGCUUGGGGAACCAGUAACGAUCAGGCAAAUGGCGGUAACAACAACGACGGUUGGAACAACAAGCCAAGUGAUGAUGUCAAAACGAGUGGAGAAGCUGAUAACGGUUGGGGAAGCAAAUCAAAUGCAGGAGCUCCUGCAUCAAGUGGCUCGGCGUGGUGA